GUUUCUUUGGGCCGGGGAGGUGGGGGCCGGAACUUCCUGCGUUUCUGCCCAGCUAGUCAUUUCCCCGGACUGGGUCGGUGCGCCCCGAGCCGUGGGUCCGGGGCUGGGGGUGGGGCUGGACGAGUACCGCUUCCCAAGCGGUUUUCGGGAACGGGAGGGGGAGGACAGGGAGGCCAGGACCCUCCUCCGCGCCUUUGAACUAGCAGUGACCCCCCGGAACGCGGCGUCCGCCAGGGUCCCGCCGCGCCGCGCUCUCUCCGCGGCACACGGCCCUGGGCGCACUUGACCCCGAGGAGACUGAAGUCCCCCCUCGCCCGGGGCCAGGCGCCGUGGCGCUACGCUGAGCCCGCGACACCGGCCUCGGUCACCCGCCUCCGAGGGCUCCUGCGUCCAGGGGCUGCGAUGGCGGCGGCGGCGCUGAUGGACAUGGCGCAGGACUUACAUCUUUCAGGUCUCACAUAGUUGCCCAGCUGGAGAUGGGGGCAGAGCCCUGGGUGCCUGACCAAGUGGACAUGACUUCAGCCAUGGCAAGAGGGGUGUAUAGAGGGCCUGACUCAGCUCCCUCUGCAGCACUCUUCAGCAUGGGCCUGCACUUCAUGUGUCAUGAGAUGUGCACAUUUCCUCUGAUAGUCCUUGAACACCAGUUAAACAGUGGCAACCAGGUUUUCCCAGAUCUGGACAUACCCUUCUGCACAGCUCUCACAGGUUAUCAGCAGCUGGAGUCCCCAAGAAAAGCUUUGUUGAGAACGGAGCUGAAGACUUGCCUUUCCAUCUGAUACUGUGCCCAUCUUUGUGUCCUGGCUCCUGGUAUGGCCUCCCUCAUUUCAUGACCUUACCAGGCACAGGACUCCUGGGAAGACCAUUCUUUAUCUUGACCUUAGGCCUCUCAUCUUGCCAACAGUCCCAUGGACUCAUUCCUGGGUCAGACUUGCAUUUGUGAUUGGAUUGUUUCCUUCCAUGAAAAUUAACAUGAAUAUCACCAGCAUUUCUCUACUUUCAGAUUUUUACUGUGGAACAGAGGGUGAGAAAUCACCUGCUGGACUCAGUGUUUCUGUAGAAGUGUCACAGAACAUGAACCCCAAGGCAGUUCCAUCCACCCAGAAGGGCUACCCCUGUAACCUGUGUGGCCUACACUUGAAAAACAUUCUGCAUCUGGCUGAACAUCAGGCAACACAUUCCAAGCAGAAACCACACAUGCAUGAGGCACAUAGGAAAGAGUUCAAGUUCAACGCCUACUUUCACCAGUCACAGAUGCAGCAGAACGUGUACAAGUCUAUUGGAAGGAAUGAAGGCAGGGCCUUGCUUGUGAAGAGCUGCAGAUAUGACACAUCAAAGAAAUCUUUUGCAUUCAGGGAGGAUGGGAAGGCCUUUGUGGCCAGAUGUGGUUUUCUCCAGCAUCAGGUCACUACCAGUGUGGGGGAGCCAGAGAAGAGCUCUGAAAGUGUGGUGGAUUUUUCCACUGUGCAACUCCGUAAGAAGUACAGUGAAUUUGAGAAUGCUCUCAAUGACAAACUUUCGCUUGUUCAGCAGAGAACCCACACUGGAGAAAGGCCUUAUGAGUGCAACAAAUGUGGGAUAUUCUUCAGCUAUGCUGCUGGCCUCUUUCAACACCAGAGAGAUCAUAAUCGAGGAAAGCCUUAUGAGUGUGGUGAAUGUGGGAAAUUCUUCAGCCAGCGCUCCAGUCUCAUCAAACAUCAGAGAGUUCACACUGGUGAAAGCCCUCACGUGUGCAGCGAGUGUGGCAAAUUCUUUAGUCGAAGUUCUAAUCUUAUUCAACAUAAGAGGGUUCACACUGGAGAAAAGCCUUAUGAGUGCAGUGAGUGUGGGAAGUUCUUCAGCCAACGCUCCAACCUCAUUCAUCAUAAGAGGGUUCAUACUGGUAAAAGUGCUCAUGAAUGCAGUGAGUGUGGGAAAUCUUUCAACUGCAACUCCAGCCUAAUUAAACACUGGAGAGUUCACACUGGAGAAAAACCUUACAAAUGCAAUGAAUGUGGGAAAUUCUUUAGCCACUUUGAUGGACUUGUUCAACAUCAGAUAGUUCAUACAGGUGAACGACCGUACGGAUGCAGCGUAUGUGGGAAAGCCUUCAGCCGAAGCUCUGACCUCAUGAAACAUCAGCGAGUCCACACUGGUGAAAGGCCUUAUGAGUGCAGUGAAUGUGGGAAAUUGUUUAGCCAAAGCUCCAGCCUCAAUAGCCAUCGGAGACUUCACACGGGUGAACGGCCUUAUCAGUGCUCUGAAUGUGGGAAAUUCUUUAGCCAACGCUCCAGCUUUAAUAACCAUCGAAGACUUCACACUGGUGAGCGUCCUUAUGAGUGCCUUGAAUGUGGGAAAACCUUCAGACAAAGUUCUAAUCUGAGGCAGCAUCAGAAAGUUCACAAACCAGAUAAGCCAUAUAAAUGCAAUGAAUGUGGAAAAGCCUUCAGCCAAAAGUCUACUCUCAUCCGGCAUCAGAAAAUUCACACUAGAGAAAAGAGUACAGAGGGUGUUCUCCCUUCUUCUUCAGCACAACAGCACCUCCUAGAGAUGAACUCUGAGAGUGGUCUUUAUGAAGGAGCUGUCAGUCAGAAGUUGAACAUUGUUCAUCCAAAUAUCUAUGCUGGAGAGAUUCCCAAUGGAUGCUAAAUAAAUAGGAAGCUUUCUGGAGCAAGGCUACAUUUUCUGAUCCCAAACUUUGUCAGAGUUUUUGUCACUGCUAGUGUCUGUGGUAGAAGUCAUCUCAGUUCUACCCACUGGCAGGUCUCCAGAGUGUGUGCCAGCCACUUCCUGUUCUCAGGGAAGACAGGCCUCUGUUUCCUCUUUCAAGAGGGAAUUGUAAGUAGCUUGAGACCAUUGGAAGAUGUCUUCCCUCCCGCUGUGACUGCUUUAGCUGUGAUCAUGACCCAUCUUUGCCAUGAAGACCUGAUCUGGGUCCUACUGGCAGCUUGCAGAGGUUUCCCUUUUCCAAGGACAUUGUUGAUCUUGUAUGAUGCUCAUGAUGGAUUCAUCCGGCUUCCACAUUAUCCAUCCUUGACUUUACAUUGCUCUGGUUUGGGUGAUAAGGGCCUUAUUGAUAAAGUCACCUUUAAUCUCCUGUAUUCUGAUAACUGUGUGGAGUGGGUUGAGAACAGAAUGAAGGUCUUCCAAACCAAACAGGUCUCCAAAUUUAUUGCCUCAGUGAAGAGCAGGAUGGCAGAGAACAAUUCUCAGUCCAGAGUUGGCCUCAUUUGUGUUGCUACCUGAGGUCUCCUAGGGAAGAUUAUAGGGCUUGGUGGGCCUAAUGUUGUGACUUGAAGGGCAUGAAUUUUUGUAGAUCAGAGGUUACCUUGAGGAAGGGGAGAUUGUGCAACCUCCAGUGCAUCUGGAAGCAGCCUGAUUUAGGCCCAUUUUUUUUUUUUUCCUGAGGAUGCCUCCUAUUCCUUAGCACUGUCGAGUAAACAUUGUUUACCUGGUCUCUGCCAAGGAGUCAUAUGCCUUUGAUGUCUAAAAUCCAAUGUAUGUCACCUACUGUAAGACUUACUGGGUCCAAUUGGCAGAUUAGAGGGAAUGUAUCUAUUAUAAAAGCGCAUCCAAAAUUCCCUUAAAUGUAACUAUGCAGGAUUCAGGACUUGCAGAAAUUCUCAAGACCUCCAGACCUCUGUCCUAUACUAAGGCCACUGGCAGAGGAAAUCAGCUAAUGGUUUUGUGGAUUAUUGUAGGCUGUCUGCAUUAUUCAUGUCAAAACCAGUGUUGUGUUAGCAGAGAAAUGGGGACUAAGAGAAGGUAGAUCUUGUAAGUCAGGGAGGAGGCAUUUGUGACACAGCCAACCAUUUUUGGUGCCAACACAUGAGGAGAGAGGGAGUAAAUCUUAAAUUUUCUAAAAUGAGUGGGAGAGCAGAUUUUUACUUGCAACAAUUUCUUUUAAUGCUUUGUUGAGAUAUAAUUUCCAUGCAAUAAUUGGCUGUACAUAUUUAAUGUGUACACUUUGAUAAGUUUUAAAAUAUGUGUACACUCAGGGAACCAACACCACAACCAUAAUAAUGAACCUAUCCAUCACCCACACAGCUACCUCGUGCCCCUUGACAAUCCCUCCUUGCCUUCCCCAGAGAACUGUUAGCUACAUCCCAAGGAAACUACUGAUUUACCUUUUAUUCACUGUGAAUUUGUUUGCCUUUCCUAGAAUUUUGUACAAUGGGAAACAUAAAGUAUUUAUACUCUG